AUGCUAAGUGUAGUGGAAGGCAUCUUCCUUUUUAUAGCCAUUAUUGAAUCCAUCCUGGGAGUUUCAGGGAAUGGGUUUAUUGCACUUGUGUACUGCAUUGACUGCGUUAAGAAUAAAUUCUCUAUGCUUGGAUUUAUUCUCACUGGCUUAGCAAUUUCGAGAAUUUGUCUGAUAUGGAUAAUAAUAAUAGAUGCAUUAAUAUGGGUAUUCCCUCCAGAUACAUAUUACUCUGAUAAGCUAAAGGACUAUAUUUACUGCAUGUGGGUACUUAUCAAUCAAUCAAGUGUCUGGUUUGCCACCAGCCUCAAUAUCUUCUAUUUCCUGAAGAUAGCAAAUUUUUCCCACUAUCUAUUCCUCUGGUUGAAAAUGAGAAUCGGGAGAAUUCUUCCUCUUCUGAUGGGAUCUUUAUUUAUUUCAUGGUUAGUUACUAUUCCACAAGUCAUGAACGCUGUUAAUGAUAAUAAAGUGAAGAACAGAAACACAACCUGGAGAUUUAACGUGAAUAAAAAUGAACUCUUUAUUCAACAGUUUGUGCUAAAUCUGGGCAUCAUCUUCUUCUUUACACUGUCCUUAAUUACAUGUUUCCUGUUAAUCAUUUCCCUUUGGAGACACAGUAGGAAGAUGCAAUUGAACGGCACAGGAUUCAGAGACCCCAGCACUGAAGCUCAUGUGAAGGCAAUGAAAAUGCUGGUAUCUUUCAUCAUCCUCUUUAUCUUGUAUUUUAUAGGCUAUGCCGUAGAAAUAUCAUAUUCUACUAUGCCAGAAAACAAGCUGUUAAUUAUUGGGAUGACAACCUCUGCCAUCUAUCUCUGGGGUCACUCAUUUAUCCUAAUUCUAGGAAACAGCAAACUAAAGCAGGCCUCUUUGCAGAUACUGCAGCAGUUAAAGUGUAAGAGAGGAGGAAAUCUCAGAGCCACUUAG